AACCAAGUCCUACAUUGGAGAGCACGUGAGAUCGUGCGGUGUUACCCAUAUGCUUCUGGCGCUUGCUAUUUACAGGCGGGAUUGUAUAAUUGGACUCUCCUAGUGGUCGAGUAGACGAAAGAAGACUUUCAGGAACACAAACAAGUUUGGUUAAGACACGAGCAGCAUGGCGAAGCGUGGCAGAACAUUGGCCAAAAAGGCCAAGAAAAAGGGUCUAUCUUUGGCCAAAUCUUCAAACAUCCACAAAAACAAGAUGGCCAAACGUGGUAUUCUCACUGACGCCCAAAAGAAGAAGAAGAAGCAGUUGAAGAAAGAGAGAAACCAGGUAAAAUAUGCAGAGCAACGCGAGGAGAGGAAGCGGAUCAACAAGCUGAUGGACCUUUAUGAAGCUGGAGAAGAAGUUUAUCCUCUCUCAGGCGAGGUGACGGGAGAGGAAAUGAUGAAGAUGAUAGACCCAGAAGAUCUCUCAUACAUGGUGGAUAAACAAAGUGUCAAGAGGAAGCAUAAAGAGACGCAGGAAGACAGUGGCAUCGAAGCAUAUGACGACGAACAACGAAGCUUUGACAAAGACCCUGAGAACCAAAAUACGAAGCAUCUUCUGCCAUUUAAGUCGGACAAAGGCAUUAUCCCAAGAUCCGUGGAAAUUAAAGAAGAGUCCGAAGAAGAGGAGGAGGAGGCGGCAAUAAGCGAUGAGGAAACAAAAGAAACAGAAGAGGAACCCAAAGAGAAGUCCACAGUUGAAUUUUUGGUAGAGAGGCAGAAGAAGCUGGAAGAGAAAAAGGUGAAGAUCGGCUGCCUGGCCGCCAACUUCAUAGAGGAACCAGAGGAGAGGUUGUCGGGUCUGUCCAGUUUAGUGCACUUCAUGGACGAGUCGGACCCAGAUGUUGCCAUCACCGUCAAGAAGUACGCAGCCCUCAGCCUGUUGGAAGUUUUCAACAAUAUCAUUCCCUCAUACUCUAUCCAGACUCAUAACUUGGAGGAAAAAUUGAAGAAAGAGACUAAGAAGUUGUACUUUUAUGAAAACCACAUGUUGUCAGCCUACCAGAUCUAUCUUAAGGGUUUGGAGAGUAUGUUAAGUAAUGACAAGAAGAAGAUGAAGGAAACUAAUCCAUCUCUCAAGCAAAUGGGACUGGUAGCACUGCGGUGUCUGGGGGAGCUGCUGACAAAACACAGCCACUUCAACUACACGACCAACAUCAUGCAAGCUCUCGUUCCCUUCCUCAAUCAUCACGAUGACGAUACUUGCUCGUUGGUCUUCUCGUACCUUACCAAGCUUUUCAAGGCAGAUAAAGAUGGCCGCCUCUCUUUUGAAGUGGUGCAGCGGAUAGAUCAGUAUGUACGCAGGAGAGCAUUCCGAGUUCGACCAGAGGUUUUAAAGGUGCUUCUAGGGCUAAGAAUCAAGGAUACAGUGAGCUUGGAUAAUGAAAUUGAAGCCAAGCUCACCGCCAAGCGGAAAUUAACGCAUAAAGAGAAGCUCAUCAAAAAACUUGUUGACAGAAAUCGGCACACGAAGUCUAAUAAGGAUGCAAAGGCUUUCCGUAAAAAGAGAAAGUUGGAGGAACAAAUGAAAAUCAUACACAAAGAGAGGGCCACAACAGUACGCAAAACACAUCACACAAGUGUCAUCCAGUUGGUGUUUGGCUUGUUUAUCCACGUACUAAAGAGACGACCCAAUAACAAGCUCAUGGGAGUUGUCCUGGAAGGUCUUGCCAAAUUUGCACACUUGAUAAACAUAGAAUUCUUUGCGGAUUUGCUCAACGUUCUGGGUGUGCUUAUGGCAGAAGGUAGCUUGAAGUUUCGCGAGUCUCUUCACUGCAUCCAAGUGGUGUUUACCAUCCUCUCGGGCCAGGGGGAGGUGCUCACCCUCGACCCCCACAGAUUCUACAAAUACUUGUACGCCAAUAUGUUCAACUUGAGUGCAGGUACAAACCACGAUGAUGUCUUGUCUGCCCUCGAGUCCGUGAAGCAGAUGCUUGUGGAGCGGCGUAAACGAGUGAGCAUCGUGCGAGUACAAGCCUUCGCCAAACGCCUGGCCACUCUCAGCCUUACACUCCUCCACAGUGGUACCAUUGCCUCCCUUGCCAUUCUCCGUAGCAUAUUAUUGAACCACCCAAGCACCGAAACGUUGCUGGAGACCGAUUCUGAGGGAACUAGUGGCAUAUUCUCGGCAGAGGUAGAAGAACCAGAGCAUUCUAAUGCUGCCGCAACUGCUUUCUGGGAACUGCACUUAUUGAUGCGCCACUACCACAGCACAGUCCGCCAGAUGUCAGAGCACCUACUCCAUGGAGCUCCUCUCCAGGGUGAAAAGACUUUACCCUACACCCUUACCAAAAGAUCAGUGGACGAUCUUUUUGAGGGAUACGACCCAUCAGAAAUGAGAUUUAAUCCUGCUGUUCCAACUCCAAGCCAACACUUGUCUAACAGGUUAAACACCAAGACGAAAAAGAUUGCAAAAAGAAUAAAAGGUGAACAUUGGAUUACAAACUAUAUGACACAGGAGACUCAAAGUGUGCUAAUGAUGUGUGAUUCGGCAAAAGAUACAAAAAUUCCACAGUGUGACAGCAUGAACGGUUAUCCCAAACAGAAUGGACUCUGUUUAACAAAUUCAUCUCUCGGAAAAGUAUCUUCGAUUACCGAGCUAGAUAAUGCCAAUUUUUUUAAAGGAAUGCUGUUGAAUAUGAAUAUGGAUCAAAUUCCAGAUCAAAUAAUGCCAGAAGAGAAACUUGGUGAAGACUUCACAUUAAGUCUCCUUAAAACUGAAUCUAAGUCAUCAUAAUCGUCAUUAUCAUCUCGAUUCUCACUUUGGUGGAGUAAUGUGGCUUCACUGAUGCAUCUGCAGUCAACGUCAGUAUGUGACCUCAAUCUGUACAUUGGAGGAAAUAGGGAAACACUAUAACAAAAAUAGGAAGCAGUAUAAAAGAAAAUAGGAUGUGGUAUGUAAAAAAAAUAAGGGAGUUGUUAACAGAAAAUGGUAUCCAUCUAUGUACCAUAUCUUUCACACUACACAACAUGACAAAGAACCAGCGUCAUCAUGCAGCUGGUUAUCCACAGCACCAUCUUGCCUCUUGAGAAGACUGGGUGUGUAAUGAUCCUUGGGAGCCAUAUACAAGCAAUAUACCGACUACACAACUUGCUGCAACCUAGCCUUGUUCACUACUAUAUCUUGUGUACAAUUAAUCAAUCAAUCCCUGCUUCCUAUGCUCAUUUCCUCAAUGUUCCGUUCCUUUCCUCAAAUUAUCGUGGUACUUUCCUCAAUCUUGUAAUUUUAUGAUGUUUGUGCUCCAUAUAGAAAUUUGACAUUUUACCAUAAAAUCAUUAAAACUUAAAGGUGCUUCUGGGGUUCUUUCUCUUUUUCUUUUUCUAUUUCUCUCUUGAGACUCACUGGAUGCUUUUCUUACAAAAAAAAAAGACUUGUCCAAUGAUAUUUGCUUUUGCCUGUGUUUUAAAAUAUUUAUAACACAGUUUGUCACAGCUUUCUCAGGGAGGGGGGGAUAUUUUUAAAGAAAACUUUGCAACAAUUUUCAUUUCUGUUCUUUAGCUCGAGACGUUUGGUUGUGUUGUGUACUCAACGGCAAUUUUUACUGGGAAACUGACUCGGCUAUUGAGAGUGUUUACGUUUGAGUGUUGAGCAAAUGAGCACAAACACAGCGAUCAGGUGCUGAAUUAUUCGAGGUGGGAACCAUUUGAGUACCAAGGUUCCUCUGUAUAAUCACAGCUCUUUUACAAUCUUGACUCAUUACAACAUCCCACUUCUGGUAAAUUCUUUACACAUGCUCCAUUCCUUUCUAUACACUGCAUUUAAUAAUUUCUAAAUACAUUACAUCUCAUCAAUACCUGCAGCAAAGUUUAUGAUAUUCAGAUUUAAACUUUUGGCAAUUCCAGCCAUCAAACUUUAUCCAAGUUUUCAUAUCACAUAUUUUCAAUUUUCUGUUCUCGACUUUCUCCCAUGUUCAUCUUUAAUAUUUCCAUUGACCUCUUUACCGACCUUUCUUCAUAUCCAUACUUCUCUCCCGUUUUCAUAGUAAGUAUAUAAAUAUGCAGAGUAAAUUACAAUAACAUGGCUGAAAAUUUGACAUUUUGUUCAGUCCUGGACCCUUACCAAGUCAUAUAUAGAGUAUAUUAAUUUAUUAUUUGUGUUUCCCUUCCCUCAAGACAUGUAUGUUAUUUAUAACAGGCAGAGUUCACAAUCAUAUGGCAAUUUUAAUAAAUAAUGGAUAAAUAU